AACGCCUACACUUGUCUACUCUGGUAGUAUUUGCUACCAGUCCCAUCCUUUCAUAUCUUGUCUCUGCGAUGGAGGGCGCAGCUACCUGUGAUUCGGAUUCCGGUAUCCAAAAUCGACUUUCUGUGGCUGUGGAGCAAUUUUUUGCUCACAAUUCCGACAACUCAUUACUUGACGAUUUUACCGGCGUAUUGGAAUCUCUUUACGAAGACACCCUACACAGUCACCGUAGCGGUGUGUUGAACACCGAGACGGCUAAUCUGGCGUACAGUGUCGCAGAUACCAUCGAAUCUAUUUGCCAAACGCUGGUGGAGCUCGAUGUCGCUGGGGACAGUGUCACUAGUCAGUAUGAGAAGAAGCUGAACCGAAUCGUAGCAGAGAAAACAAAAGAUUCUUCAGCUUCCCUAUGCUCAUCCUCAUCGGUUUGCUCAUAUGUGGAACCUGCCUAUCGCUGGCUUUCCGAGAACCUCCAUAAUCCCUACCCUACACGCGAGGUCCGUAACAAGAUCUGCCGCGAAACCAGCACCUCCCGCAAAGAUCUCGACAACUGGUUCACCAACGCCCGACGGCGCAUGGGCUGGACCUCCCUCCUCAAACACUUUGACGGAGACCGCGACCGCAUGGUCGAAGCCGCCACCAUCUUCUUCAGCGGCGAGAUCGUUCACUGGGAGAACCGAUAUGACUUCACAGACAUCGCUUUUUCCGACAUGGAAUCGACUUUCAAAGACUUGUAUGCCAACAAGUUUGAGCAGAGUAACCUUGGGAGGAAGUUGGGUGGUGUUGUGAAGAAUAUGACGCCGGAGCUGCAGGAGGAGGAGCGGGCUAAUAAGAAGAGGAGGGAGGAGCAGAGGGAGGCUGAGAGGAGGGCGAAGAAGGCGAGGAUGGAAAAGGCGAAGGAGGCUGAAGCGCGGAGGGCGUAUCCUUCGCCUGAUCGGUCGCCUGGUCGCACUCCCGAUCCGUCGUUGCCCUCUGAGGCGACCCCCACUCGGAAACGUCGCAGUUCAGAUGAUGAUGAGGACAGUGAUGCUGAUGUUCACAGAUCCAAAAAGCAGUCGCGAACCGAUGAUGCUGUAGCGAGCCUCCCCUCCCCCUCCCCCUCUGAUACUGAGGAUUCCAACUCGUCGCGCGAUUCCACGCCCACACCCUCACCAUCCAAACGAAAGAGGCGUCUAUCCGAUUCGGACGGCGCCGGCACGUUCAAGCGCCACCGUGGCGUACACUGGUUCACAUCGCUCCGUGUCCGAUCCAUCUUCAUCAAUGAGCAGCACGAAGACUGAAAGUCGUCCCGUCGAGCUCUAUGUUCCCCCGGACCUCGAAGGGUGGUUCGAGACGGCAGUUAGCC